AUGAUAGUUAUGUUGCUUUUGCUGGUCCUUGUUAAAUAUCUCCAAGACCAACUUUUGGUUAUUAUAAGAAAUGUGCCGACAUAAAUAAUAACAUCACCUAAAAUAGUUGCAGCAGCCCGUUUAAUAUACUAGUGUGAAUAAAUAACAGGCAUGUAAUUAGAAAACGAAGGCUCAACAUCAUCUUUAGGAGUACAUUGGGAAAAAACAAUAGCUUAAAAUGAAAUAAUGAACCCUUCUGUUGUUUAAGGAUAUGCUUUUUUAACAAAACUAACUUUAGCAUUAUUAGAUGAUUCAAAUUUUUACACAAAAGUAAAUUAUUCAUAUGAAGCUGACCUUAUUUGGGGACAGGGGAAAGGCUUAUUAUUGUCUAUAUAGGGAAUUCAUUAGAAAUUAACUGCCUUUAAAGUGGACAAUAGAUUAAAAGUUAAAUAGGCUCAGGAAGUAUUACAUGUCCGGAUUUUAAAAAGAUUUGUGGAAAAGAAAUCGUUUGUUAUUAAAAUUGUAAUGGUUAGGGGAUUUGUAAUGGGGGUAAAUGCACUUGCUUUGAAGGUUUUUCUGGAAAAGGGUGCUAGUGUAAACCUGGGAUGA